GUCACGGAUCGUUUCAUUGUCUUUGUCAAAAUUCCAUGUUAUUAUGUCCCAAAAAGUAUGUAUUUGUGGGCGAGAAAAAAGUAAAGAAAAACCAUUAGUCAUUACUAUCAACGCAUGCAAGAAUAAACACCCAUCUUCCGAAAAUACUACUGCAACGACAAGUAAAAAUGAUGGACUACCGCCAGAUAAAGACGAUGGAGCAACUUACGUAUCGCGUGAUCAUCCUAAAUCAAAAAGCCCUGGUUAUCUAUAUCCCAUAUCCGAAAACAGUUCCCAGUCUUUAUCGAAAUUGAUAGACAAAUCUCUUGCUCAAGUAAGUAAAACUGAAACGCUUCAAAUAUCUGCAAAGGGAGUGGCUUCAAAACCUGAAUCUACUCAGAUAGAUGUCGAUAAAUCAAGAACCAAAUCUCUCAUGAUGGAAUCCUCUCCUUCAUCAGGAAAGAACUUCAAAUCUCCUUCGACUUCUGACCAGGCGAGUAUCGCUGAACCGGAACCAUCAAAGAGAACUGUUGAUAAAUUAAUGUCAACAUCCAAAACUACCUCCAAGUCCCUAACAGAAGAAGUAUCUACCGCUGAGAAAUCGAGCAAUCGUGUACAAUCGGUUUUACAAAAAAGCUUGAAAUCUUCCUCAAGUAUAUUGAAAACUUUCUCUGAUCAAUUGGGUUCAAAAAGAAGUAGUGAAGAAUCCUAUUCUCCAAAAAAAAGUGGAUCUAGAAUUUCUCCCCAGUCGUCAAUGAAAAGACCUCCUACCCCCGAGAAGUCAGAAGAUUUCUCACAAUCGACUGUUAGACAGAGCCUAAAAUCUGAAUCAAGAACAUCAAGAACGUCUUCUGAGCAGCCAAAUUCGCGAAUGAAAAGUAGUGAAGAAUCUCAUUCUCCAAAAAAAAGUGGAUCUAGAAUUUCUCCCCAGUCGUCCAUGAAAAGACCUCCUACCCCCGAGAAAUCAGAAGAUUCCUCACAAUCGACUGUUAGACAGAGCCUAAAAUCUGAAUCGAGAACAUCAAGAACGUCUUCUGAGCAGCCAAAUUCGCGAAUGAAAAAUAUUGAAGAAACUCAGUCCCCGAUCAAAGCUGGGUCUAAAAUUUCCGCCAAGUCUUCCAUUAAAGAAGCUUUUCAGAAGUCAAAAGAUUUUUCACAAUCAGUAUUUGAUCAGGUCAAUCAGUCCAGUUCACCUAUUGAUGGAAAAAGCUUGCAGUCUCUGUCGGAAGUCAAAGAAAAAAGAGGCACUGCAGAUUUUGAUACUGACCGGAAAAGCGGCGGUAGUUCCAAAUCUAACUCCAAAACUUCUGGGUCCGUCAUAAUGGGAAGUUCUUCAAAAAGUUCUCCAAAGAAACUGAGUUUCAACGAAAAGGAUGACUUAUCCAUGUCGAAUACAGAGACUGUUAAAAAUCGAAGUCAGUUGGAUACCCAGUCAUUAGACGUUCCAGGGGAAAGUGAUGAAGAAAAGGUCACCGACCAUAUUUUGUAUUGUGAGGAGGAUAAUCAAGUUCGACUCCGACGUAGAGCCCAACCUUCUGAGGAAACGAUCUGCGGUUUAGAUGGGUACAUCGACAGACCCAGCCCCCUAAGAACACCACACAAGUUUUUGGAUAAUCCUCGGUCAGAAAUGGAAAGAAAUGCUAACAAGAAAAUCAAUUUCAACAAAAAAGACAAAUCAGCUUACGCUGAUUUUACAAAGUUCCUCAAGAAGAAGUUGCAAAAUUUUCCCUCGGAUGCGUCUUUGAAGUUGCCAACAUUGGCGUCAAGGUACCAUGGCCCUGAUUGUGCGAUGGAGAUAAAUGUCUUGGAGAAGCAUGGGAAAAAAUGCAG